AUGACAAAAAUCACCUCAAUUCUUGCAGUAGUUGGUCUUGUGUUUUCUUGCCUCAUUUUAAUUGCUCAAGCUGCUGAUCCACCCACUUCUAUUGGAAAUCCUGAUUUUCCUAAUGAUCUGGAAAUCCCGGCUGGAAUCGCGGUUGAUCUCACUCUCAAUAAAUUCUCGUUCUCCUUGUGUCUCGUAGGAGUAAUUGAUUUUACAUGCAAUACGGCUACUGGUACCUGGAACGUUGUUGGACCAACUGGAGUCUUAGCCAACGAAUGUAAAGACUUUUCAAAAGUUGCCGGCGAUCCUAAAUUUAUUACAGCGACAACACUUGAUACGGAAUCUGUUACAAACGCAGGAUUAAGAUCCGCAGUUUUACCAAACGACACCUCAACUGCCAUUUUUACGCGCGAAGCAGCUGAGAAUUCACCAAAUCCUUCCGUUGAUACUACCUGGAUUAGAUCUAAAGCUUCUGAUCAAACAGGGAACGGCAAAUUUGUCCAGGUGACCUAUCUUCAAAGAGUCUUAACCACCGGAGGACUCCCACCACCAACUAGUGAAUCGCUACAUAUUUAUUCUACGUAG